AUGACCUUCGGGCGCAGCGGGGCGACCUCGGUGGUCCUGAACGUGGGCGGUGCCCGGUACUCGCUAUCCCGGGAGCUGCUGAAGGAUUUCCCGUUGCGCCGGGUGAGCCGAUUGCACGGGUGCCGCUCGGAGCGGGACGUGCUGGAGGUGUGUGACGACUACGACCGGGAACGGAACGAGUUCUUCUUCGACCGGCACUCGGAGGCCUUCGGUUUCAUCCUGCUGUACGUGCGCGGCCACGGCAAGCUGCGCUUCGCGCCCAGGAUGUGCGAGCUCUCCUUCUACAACGAGAUGAUCUACUGGGGCUUGGAGGGAGCUCACCUCGAGUACUGCUGCCAGCGACGCCUCGACGACCGCAUGUCCGACACCUACACCUUCUACUCGGCCGACGAGCCGGGACUGAUGGGCCGCGACGACGUGCGCCCCGCUGCCGCGGGCGCUGGCACCGAACCGGCGCCCUCCAGGCGUUGGCUGGAACGCAUGCGGCGCACCUUCGAGGAGCCCACGUCGUCGCUGGCAGCUCAGAUCCUGGCCUGCGUGUCCGUGGUCUUCGUCAUCGUGUCCAUGGUGGUGCUGUGUGCCAGCACUCUGCCCGACUGGCGAGCGGCCGCGGCCGACAACCGAAGCCUGGAUGACCGGAGCAGGUACUCCGCCGGCCCUGGGAGGGAGCCCUCCGGGAUAAUUGAAGCCAUCUGCAUAGGCUGGUUCACGGCAGAGUGCAUCGUGAGGUUCAUCGUCUCCAAAGACAAGUGUGAGUUUGUCAAGAGACCCCUGAACAUCAUCGACUUACUGGCGAUCACGCCCUAUUACAUCUCGGUGUUGAUGACGGUCUUCACGGGCGAGAACUCGCAGCUGCAGCGGGCUGGCGUCACCCUGAGGGUUCUCCGGAUGAUGAGGGUCUUCUGGGUGAUUAAGCUCGCCCGGCACUUCAUUGGUCUUCAGACUCUGGGUUUGACUCUCAAGCGAUGUUACCGGGAGAUGGUGAUGUUGCUUGUCUUUAUCUGUGUUGCCAUGGCAAUCUUCAGUGCACUUUCCCAGCUUCUUGAGCAUGGGUUGGACCUGGAAACAUCCAACCAGGACUUCGCCAGCAUCCCCGCUACCUGCUGGUGGGUGAUCAUCUCUAUGACUACGGUUGGCUAUGGAGAUAUGUAUCCCAUCACGGUGCCUGGAAGAAUCCUUGGAGGAGUGUGUGUUGUCAGUGGCAUUGUGCUCUUGGCGUUGCCUAUCACUUUCAUCUACCAUAGUUUUGUUCAGUGUUACCACGAGCUCAAGUUUAGAUCGGCUAGAUAUAGCAGGAGCCUUUCGGCUGAGUUCCUGAAUUAA